AGGUGAAUCUGUUGGGAUUAGCCUCCACAGUGAACAUACUGACCGCACACACACAUGCUCUCUGAUGGCCACAGUCUGCAAAGAUCAGGUCGCCAACAGUUAGUAGCCUUGUGUGACAAACACACAUAAGGGAGCCUUCAUCCGCUCACUAUGGCAUCCCUGGAGGAAGAGCUGACCUGCUCUGUGUGUCGAGACAGCUUCGGCCAAGCCCACCCCCUGCCCUGUGGUCACAGCUUCUGUCCUGCAUGCAUCCGUGAGGCCUGGAGCGACCAGGGCGACUGCAAAAGUCGCUUUACCUGUCCUCAGUGUCAGGAGGAGCAUGGUGAAGUGCCAUGUGAUAGCUGCCCCCCUCAGGCAGAAGAAGGGCAGCCAUCGUUGGCUGUCAAAACCUGUCUGAAGUGUGAAGUGUCGUUUUGUGCUGAACACCUCCAACCUCAUCUCGAGAGACCGGCGUUUAGCAACCACCAGUUGGUGGAUCCGCUGGGGGACAUCUCCCAGCGAAGGUGCCAAACGCAUGAAGAGAUAUUGCGCUACUACUGUGCCGAUGAAAGGGUGUAUGUGUGUGGUGACUGUCUGCUGGAUGGAGGCCAUGCUGAGCACAAAGUGAAGGCGCUGAGACAGGUGGAGGAGGAUCUGAAGGUCAUUCUCCAGACCCUGCUCAGAAAAGCAGAGGAGAAGCUAAAAGAUGGAGAACGAAUCCUUAAAGAGCAUGACAAUAUUGAUUCCCUCAUGGAUGACUCUCUGAAGCAGGAUGACACCCAGGUGGGGCGCCUGGGCUCAGACCUGCAGGUCCAGGUGAAGAAACUGGUGGCCGCUCUGAGGGAGAUCACCACGAGGGAGAGACAGCAGGUCAUAGAGCGUGUGCAUGAGGACUGCUCCAAGGUGAGAGAGGAGAUGAGCCAGAUGCUGAGCAUCCAGCACUAUCUAGCCUCGCUGCUGGCAGAGACGGACCCCUUCCUGCUCAUCUGGGCCUUUCAAUCAGAUGACACAAAGUUACUAGCUGACCUGAACAGCCCACUUUUCAUCCCUGAUACCGUCAGUCUAGACAGGAAGCACAUCUUGGAGGACAUAGAGAGCAAGUAUCGAGAGUUCAUCACCGCCACCCUCCGCUGCCUCAGUGAACUCAAGAGGGAGCUCUUAACCAGUCCCCUGACUUUGGACACUAACACAGCUCAUCCUUUGUUGAGCAUCUCUGAUGAUCUUCGCUUAGUGACACGGGUUAAAAACCGCCUGCCCUGCGCUGCUCACCCCGAACGUUUUGACCACUGGCCGCAGGUCCUCGCUAUCCAGACCUUCUCCUCUGGGACUCACUACUGGGAGGUAGAGGCUGAAGGAUUCUGGGACAUUGCCGUCUGUUAUAGGAAUAUUGGACGGAAGGGGAAAGAGGGCAACGCCUUUGGGAACAACAAGUGGACGUUACACAUACUUCAUGCCUACAUCAUGCUCUAUUCAAACAACAGAGAAAAGCAGCAAAUCUUUACAUUUGAGAAGCAAGUAUCAUGGAGCUUAACACAGCAGCACGACAAGAAGCUGGCUGCCUGGCACAACCGCAGGAAGACCCGCCUCACGUACCAAAUGACUGGCACCCGGGUGGCAGUCGCUGUGGACUACGGCGCAGGCACCAUCACCUUUUCCGAAGUGGGACCAUCUGGCAACCUGACCCACCUCCACACUUUCUCGACCACGUUCACUGAGCCGGUGUGCUUAGGCUUUGGACUCUAUAAGGCUGAGCUCAACAGCCGCAUCUCUAUCGUCACAGUCUGA